CAUAUGCAUGUGUAUUACAACAGUUCAUCAAAUAGAAGAUAAGAACCAAAAAGAGGUUGUUAUUGAUCAAGUCUACAAGAACAAAGAUACAUUAAAGGCUGUGAUGACAAAUUAUGCAAUUUCAAAUAGGUUCAAUUUCCGUGCUGAGAGGUCUAAUGCGAUAAGGAAAGUUCAAAGGUUUUACGCUAUAUAUAAUGUUAUGUAUUUAUACUGUAUAAGUAUAUGCAUUUGAAUAGUUUGUAUCAUCAUAGUUGGGCUAUGUAUUCAACUUUCUAUCAGAGUAUAUGCAUUUCUUGACUGAUGUAUUUUUUACUUAAUUUAUUUGUGUUGAUCUAUGUAUUUGUAGCUAUACACUUAUAUGUGUGUUAGAAGAAUGUGGUUGGAAAUUCAGGGCGUAAAGUGUUGGAAAACCCGAAAUGUUCAGAGUUAGAGAGUUCCGUGACAAGCAUACAUGUCCGCUAAAGGAUAAGGUGUAUUCGCAACGGCAUGCCAAAAGUUGGUAAAUAGGUGGAAUUUUUAAACAAAGAGUAGCCAACCAUAAAAGAAAAUACACACCUAAUGACAUAGCGGAUGAUGUCUUAAAUGAUCUUGGCAUGAAUGUGUCUUACAUGGUCGCUUGGAGGGCUAAAGAGAAGGCUAUGAAGGACUUAAUGGGUGAACCAUCAGAAUCUUACAACAAAUUACCUAGAUACCUAUACAUCAUGAAUAAAACAUACACGGGUUCACAUAUAAGAAUACGCAAAUCCCACGAUAACGAGUUCCUGUAUUUGUUUAUAGCAUUGUAUGAAUUUAUCAAGGGCUUUGAGUGUUGUAGACCCAUUGUGGUAGUAGACGGGAGCCACCUAAAAACAACAUACAAUGGCACAUUCGUUUCAGCAAGCACACUAGGCGGUGCGGGUAACAUAUUUCCCUUAGCAUAUGGUGUGAUCGAUUAUGAGAAUGACAGGUCUUGGACGUGGUUCUUUGAGCGGUUUAGGGAAGCCUACGGAGUUAGAGAAAAUAUGUGUAUCGUAUCCGAUAGGCAUGAAAGCAUAAACAAGCUGUAUCUAGAAUUUAUCCAAAUGUUCCGCAUUACGCGUGCAUAUGACAUUUGUGGGGUAACGCAUGUAAGAAUUACAAGAAGAGUAAAGAUGUUUUGAGUCUAGUGUUUUAUGCAAUGGCAAAGGCAUACACGUAGGAUGAAUUUGAUUAGUUAAUUGGGAAGGUUGAGAAGGCAGAUAUUUGGGUGGCAGAGUAUUUGGAAUUUGCUGAAAGAGAAAAGAGGGGGUAGAGUGUAUGCAUCUGUUAACCUAGGAUGGACCAUGACUUCGAACAUAGCAGAGUGUAUCAAUCGUCACCUUGUAGCAGAAAGAGAGCUGCCUAUAUUUGAUUUUCUUGAAGAAGUAAGGAGGAUGUUUGGGAGAUAAAAUUACAAUAACUGAAGGAACGGUACAUACACGUCCACAACACUCUCUAAAAAGUUCCCGGAGAUGCUGUCAAUAAAUGGGUAUCUAUG